UAACAUUUGCACUCGCUGUUGUUACAUCUAAAGAUGCCCCCCGAUGAGGCGGUGGUGUUUUUGGCAGCGCGCUGCUGACGGAGCUCUGAAACCACUGAUGGAUUGAAUGAGUGUGCCGACUGUUGGCAGCGGUAGCAUAACGUGAACUAACAACAGAAAUAGAUUGCGAGGACGGACCCUUCUGCGUAAACACCAAAGACUCCAACUAUCAACGCGAAGUUACGUUAGCCGAAGCGAUUUUCGGCCACAAGCUAGCACCAAAGACAGUGCUAGCACCUCGCCAAGCUAACCAGUAGGUAACGUUAGCCGGGUAGCUAAUGUUAGCUGGCAGGGCUGUAUUUACCGGACCCGUGUGGCAUUAGAAGGGGAAUUAGUAUUGACAACUUAAUCCGAGAGGCUUUUGUCUGUCCUAUGAUCUGACAACGCUAGUUGUCUGUACCAAAAUGUCCACGACUUCGUUGGAUAAAGAAUUACAGGAGCGACUGAGAGAGGCGUCUGCCAUCGGGGAUAUCGACGAAGUGCGGACACUGGUGGAGAGCGGAGUAAAUGUUAACUCACAGAACGAAAUAAAUGGAUGGACGUGCCUGCACUGGGCAUGCAAGAGGAACCAUAAGCACAUAGUGUCCUACUUACUCAGUUGUGGAGCGGACAAAGAAAUCCUCACGGCUAAGGAUGAGUUGGCCUCACAACUCACAUCCAAACCAGAGAUCAAACGACUGUUAGGAGUUGAGGUGGAGGAAGUGCCUGAAGUCAAGGAGCCUGAGUUGCCAAUCAUUCCCAACUACCUGUCUAACCCUCCCUUCAUGUACUCCAAGAUGGACAACAAGUCAGAGGUCAUCCUAGCACAGCAAAUUACCCAGAAUGGUUCUGGAGAGCACGUUGAGGACACACAGAGUGAUACAGCCUCCCUUUCUCCAACCCAUGAGCCUCAGAAAUCACAGAGCCUAGUCUCUGACAGUCCCACUCCACCCUCCAACCCCACUACCCACAGCCAAGCCCCGGCCGGGGAAUUCAUUCCUGUGACUGAACAAAAUGGCAUGACACCCAGCCCGGCUUCAUCCCACAACCACGCUGUCGUUAACUGCACAGUGCCCAUGGACCUGUCAGUUGAGCCGCACCUUGUAAACCAUGCUGACUACCCGCAUGCGGUGGCGCACAACGGCACCAUGUGCUCACCUCCGUUGGCCUCCCCCAGCCCCAGCUUGGCCAGCAGCGGCGGAAGCCAGGUUCAGGGCCCGGUGGCCGGCGCCAACCCAACCAUAAGCAGGCAGCAGUCUAUCCCGCAGCAGCUGAGUUACAGCCAGGCUGGGGGGUCCAUGCCAGCUUUUCAGCCUUUCUUCUUCACUAGCACCUUCCCUGUCAAUGUACAAGAGUUGGUGUUGAAAGUGCGUAUCCAGAACCCCAACGCACGGGAGAACGACUUCAUUGAGGUGGAGCUGGACCGCCAGGAGCUCACCUAUCGCUCCCUUCUGAGGGUCUGUUGCCGUGAGUUAGACAUCAGCGCUGCGCAUGUGGAGAAGAUCCGCAAGCUGCCAAACACCAUGUUGAGAAAGGACAAGGACGUGGCUCGGCUGCAGGACUUUCAGGAGUUAGAGGUUGUGUUGGAGAAAGCAGAGGGCCUGUCCCUUUUCUCUGGGACCGGGGGCCUAACAGACAGACCCUGCUACAACAUGAAGGCCUCCCGCCUCACCUAUUAGAGCUGCCGCAGAGCCCGAGGUCUCCCCUGCUUAUGAUGGGCUUCUGUAGCUACCCUCAAGCAACCUUAACUAGUUGCCUGCCCAGGUCCCUUGUUACAGCUUUGUUUGGCUUUGGUGUUUCGCCAAUAUCCUAAACUGGGAUUUCUUUUUUUCAAGUUCUGUAGCUUUUGUCCUCCUCCUGUCCUCCUCUGGCCCUCCUGCCGCUUUAGUGUACCCAACCAGUUCUAAGCGAUUACUGAUGCAUGGUGUACUCGAUUAUGUGCGAAAGUAUUUGGGCCCUUCUCUCCUCUCUUUAUCUCUUUCUCUCCGCCCACUGCACUUUGUGCCAAGGCUCUAGUGGGACAACAGAGAGGGACGUUGGCCUGUCUUCCUUAUGGACUGGACUUGAAUGGGGUUCUGCAAUAGGCCUUAUAUGGACACAUCUCUGUACUGGCUGUGAACUAUGGUCACAGACAGUGGAAGAUGGUCUGGUUAGACUGGGAGCAGAGGAUGGCAGGAAGGAUUUACAUAACUCUUACUGAUAUGAUUAUCAUCAGUCCACAGUACAGGACAAGUUGCAGCACAGCGGACUUGCACACGGCAACUUGGAUUUCUAGCAAACUGACCUAUAGUGUUAUCAGAUAUUCUAGCUGGCGUACACACUUUCAUACAUGCUGUAGGCAUAAACCUUAGUGUCUUUUCCUGCAGAGGGCCUAAAUGUUAAGGUGGAGGUAAUCUCACACCAGGUGAGAUUUAGGGUGAACUUUGGACUAAUAGUACUUUUAUUUGCUCACUACACACACACAGUAUGCUUUAAUCUGUAUCCACACAAUGAUGGAUACGUUUGAGUAGGAGUACUGAUUUCCCUACAUAUUUAGGUCAUUCAUUCGUACACUGUGGAAAAAGGAAUAACAAGUUUUGUUUGAAUUGUUCUCUUCUGUGUCUUUUCAUGUGAGACAAAAAAACUUCAUUUAUAUCAUAGAGAUAAACGUGCAGCGACUUGAAGCAGGACUCUUUUUUUUUUUCUCUCUACAAUACAUUAUCACUUCUGCUUUGCAGGGUGUGUUGCUCAGUUCAGUCAGCAUAACACUUGUAACUGUCAACUGUGAAGUAUUUAUUUUAAAUUUUUGAGUCACGUUGAUUCUUACUAAUAAAGAGAGAUCGUGCUUUUGUGCUCUAGAGCAACAGAGCUCAAAGUCCCAGCAAAGGUUGUGUAUGAGGCUCACACUUAAGUUAAGCCCUUUUGUUGAAUAUUUUCAGUUUUACUGUCUUUCUGUGUAACUGUAAUUAGAAUCAAAACCAAAAACUAAUCUAGCCAGCAAAGAUACUAACUGCAGAAAAAACUAUCACUGCUUCAGAGAAGAAUGCAGCCUUGUUAGAUUUUCUUUUACUCUAAGUGAAGAGGAAAGAAAUAAGACAUAGCAAAGGAUUUUGGUUUUAUGAUUGAGUGCUUCCUUGUUCCUCCAGCACUAAUCCAAAUUAUUAUUUCUGACAUGUUCAUCUCUGUUGCACUGUGUCACCACAGUUAAAACCUAGGCUAUCUAUAUGACGACUAGAUGUCUUUAAAAUGUAAUGACUGAAAGCAACACAGAAUAUCAAUAUAUAUGGCUUCAGUUUUGGUUAUCAAGGCCAGUCUAGUGCUAAUAUAUAAGUUUUUAUUAAAGAAAAAAGUCAACUUUGAGUUUUGUCAAUGUUUUCUCUUUGGUACUUUAAUUAAUAGUAAGUAAUAACAUGAUUAUUCACACUAAUGGCAAGGAAAAAAUGUUCUUCUAAUAUAUAUUAAGAAUUUAACUGGUGGAGAGGUGCAGCCAUGCUGUGUUGGACAGUAAUGUUGUUUAUGCUGCUUUCAUCGACACAUUAUAUUCCUUUAAUUCUCAAUGCUGGGUCUCAUUUACUUUAAGCAGUGCAGUAAGCGCUCACUACACAAUGUCCUACAAUCAAAAGGUUUCUUACCCAGUGGUAACUGUUUACUGUUCAAAUGUAUACCUGAAGCUCUUACUGUAUUUGUAUGUUUUAUGAUAUAUUUUUUAUUAAUUUGUAUAAUUUUUUUAACCAGCUAGGCCUGUUGUGUUUUGUGUCAAAAAAAAAAAGUCUACUAUCGUGCAAGCAAGAGUUCAACAAUGGGGAUGAAAAGUACCGAGAUGCUAUUGUUGAAGCCAAGUGCAAUGCGGGGGGGGGGUAAAAAGAAUGUGUUUCCAGAAAGUUUGCUGUGAGAAGAAAAGGACUUCCAAGAGUGCUUAUUUUACGUUCCCAACUAUGUUAAAUGCUUUAUUAAGUGAAGUUGUGCCACACGUUUAAGGCAGGAGCUUGGUUUUGAGAAAGUGGGAUGAUGAGUGAGGAAACACCCCUCUGGCCGUCUGGUGCCCUGGGUGAGAGAGAGCGCAGCAUGUUUUGAAAUGGGUUUUUAUAGGAUCUUCUCUGAUUCUGUGGAAAAGGAGACAACUAACAUUGUAUUUGUGGGGUUGCUUACUGUUCUAGAAAAAGCAGAAUACAGUUUGACUUAACCUAUGCAUUCAGAGUCUGAUAUUUUUAUAUACAGUACGUCCUGUGUACUUGUAGAAAUAAUCUUCGGCACUGUUAAAAGUUGUGUGUUUUCGUUCUGGAGACCUGUAUCUGUUCUUUGAUAAAGCAUGGUGAAUUA